UUCAGUCAUCGACCAACCAGCAACCAGUUCGGACGUGAAAUUCGUAUGCGCUCGCUAAAAAGUUUAAAAAUAAGCGAAAAAAAUCGUUCGUGUUCUGAUAAAGUGAAAAGGAAAAAAAAAGUAAAGCAAAGUUAAUCGAAAGUGAUUGAUGCAAAUUAAACUCUGUGUGUGAGAGACAGUGGCGAGAAGAAUCCUGCUCGUUGUUGUUGUUAUUGUGAUUGACCGCGAGAGCGCGCGUGUGUUGUUAAAUACGGCAAGUGGCCGGAGAAUCGGCUCAGUUUCCUUGCACCCUCGGAACUAAUCGCACAACAGCAGCAGCAGCAGCAACCAAACCUAACCUCACUUUUCGCCGUCGGCCGUCUGUCAUCCGGGAGAGAGAGAUUUCACCAUCGCAGGACUCGUUGGUUUUCUGUGGCUCUGGCCUUGUUUUGGUGUCUUUUCGUGUUUACUUUCACCAAAUUAAACUUCAUCAAAAAGAACAGAACCAGUCAGAAUUCGGAAAACCGGUUCCAUCGGCAGCAGAAGCAGCUCUGAUUACAUCACAGAGAGCUCGCGGCUCUGCCGGAGCUGAGCGCGAGGAGCGCCAGUGCUUCGCCCCUCCUCAUCGUAGGGGGCCCGUGCUGAUAUUUCCAGUUUCAGUGAACGACGUCUGAGGGGGGAAAAAGUAUGUGACUGUAGUUCGUUCCGUGGCCUACUUGAGAAGCAACAAAAAACGGUUCGGGUUUAAAUCAGAAGAAUACGGAAAUUUGUUUUUAUCACGAAAAUUUUACGUCGUGAAAGAAUAAUAACGAUUUCGGGUAGUAAAAAACGUAAAAAAAAGAUUGUGCGUGCCCUUACGUUGGUAUUGUGCGACGAAGAGAGCAAGAAAAGUUAACUUUCGUUGCUGUGUUGGUGUGUUAAUUUUCGUAAUACACGGUUAAGGGAAGAAGUAAAGAAAAAAAAACAAAAUAUCAGAAAUUUCUGAAAAAGUAUGUCAAAUCGUGAGCGAGAUACAUUAAUUCAUCUUUUCGCUGGAGGUAUCGCAGGUACUGCUGGCGCCGUGGUAACAUGCCCGCUGGAAGUGGUCAAAACGCGUCUCCAAAGUUCGUCCGCCUCGUUCAUCAGCGUGCCGCCGCGUAUCGUGAACGAUCAUCACGGCGUCGGUAAGUUGUCCUCGUCGUCGUGCGGAUCGAACGAGCAUCUGCGCAGCAACAGCAACUCCGCCGAGCACCAUUCCAGACAGCGGGUAUGCGCUAGCACGCUGCUGAGCCGCCGCCGGCCAUCGAUCCUCGCCAUCCCGCAGUGUGGCCUCUCGACGUCGGUCCAGUCGAUCUCGAUCUGGCAAUGCCUGAAGCAUAUCGUCCAAAACGAGGGCGGUCGCGCCCUGUUUAAGGGUCUCGGGCCGAACAUUGUCGGCGUGGCGCCGUCCCGUGCGAUCUACUUUUGUGCGUACUCCAAGGCCAAAAAUGCGCUGAAUACGGUUGGCAUCAUCCCGGCCAACUCGCCGCUCGUGCACAUCAUGAGUGCGUCCUGCGCCGGUUUCGUGUCCGCCACGCUCACCAACCCGAUCUGGUUCGUCAAGACGCGCCUCCAGCUGGACUACAACGCCAACGCGAAGCAGUCCGUUUCGGAGUGCGUACGCCGGAUCUACGCGACGCAGGGUCUGACCGGGUUCUACAAGGGCAUCACCGCCAGCUACGUCGGAAUCUCCGAGACGGUCAUUCACUUUGUGAUCUACGAGGCGCUCAAGAAGAAACUGAACGAGAUGCGCGACACCAGCCCCGGCGACGACAAGACUUCGCGCGACUUUCUGGAGUUUAUGGCGGCUGGGGCGACCUCCAAGACGAUCGCGUCGGUGGUGGCGUACCCGCACGAGGUGGCCCGGACCCGGUUGCGCGAGGAGGGCAACAAGUACCGCAGCUUCUGGCAGACGAUCCACACGGUGUGGAAAGAGGAGGGCAAGGCGGGACUGUACCGUGGCCUCGGAACGCAGCUGGUCCGGCAGAUCCCGAACACGGCCAUCAUGAUGGCCACGUACGAGGCCGUCGUGUACGUGCUGUCCAACCAGUUCAACAACCCGGCCGGCAACCUGAUGGUGGGCAACUGAGAGCAGGCCGAUGGUGGCGGAACCGAUACUGGCUAUCGGUUCCCGGCGCUGGCCACGCUGCUUGAACGCGCUCGCGCUGCCGAGGAGGAGGAGGACGUCACCACGGGGACUACCACCUUCGAGGUCGAGCUCGAGUCGGCGUUCAUUGUACAUUGUAUUAGUGAUUUCUUCGUAGAUCUGUAAGGAUCUACCGCGGAAGGUACGAACGAACGCGUGAGGAGGGAGGGUCAUUGGAUUGUUGUUUUUUUACACGCGCGCCCUCCGCAGAGAAAAAUUGUUAAACAUAUUUAUAUACACAAACACACAAUUGAUUAUUAUAUUUCUCAAAAAUGCGAACAAAAUUCUGUAGUUUGUAAGAAAAGCGCAAACACAUCGAGCGAUUUGUUUCGAUGAUUUUGCCCAAUUUCCUGUUGUACAAGUGAGAAAAGAUUACAAAAAAAAAGAACACACACAAAAAUCUUGAAUGAUUGUGAGACUGACUGUGAAAUUUUGUUUUGUUUUUGCAAAAUGUUAGUUUAACUUGUUUUUGUUUCGUUUAUUCGCAUAUUAUUUUCGGUUCUACGGAAAAGAGAGAUUUUUUUCUGUUUGCAAUCCUUAAUUUGCUUCGCUCGCUAGUUUGUAAGCUAUUCACCCCAAAUUAGUCAAGAAGCACCAAGUCGCUUGAAAAAAUUAUAUUAAUUUUUGACUCGGGCUUCCUUAAUUCACAUGUAAUGCUUUAUCGUAAAACAAAACCUUCUAGUUCAAAUAAAUACGCAAUAGAAACUCCAAGUCGACCAAAUCAAAGGGAAAGGGGGGCAUCUUCCAACUGCAACGCGAGCCAAUUAACGCACAUCUAGAGCACUUUUAGGGAUUCUGAUUUGUGGUUAAUAGAGAGAGCUGAUUGUCAGGGUGGUCACUUAAGUCCAGAAUUUAAGAAAACAAAAUAAUCUCAAAAUUAAUCGCAAAAAAUACAAAACACACUUCUAAAAACAUGUGUGAAAAAACUGCAUAAAGUGAUCAACUCUUGUUAUUUUAAUUUUUAUAUUUUUAGCUUUGAUUUGUCAAACAUGAAAAAAAUGUCAAAAAUAUCAACAUUUCUUGAAAAUAACAAAGUUUGUCAAAAAUAACAACAGUCAGAAACAACAACAAUUGUUAAAACUAACACAAUUUGUAAAAAAAAAUUGUCACACAAUGUGUCAAAAAUAACAAAAAUUUGUCAAAAUUUAAAAAACGCAUAGCAUAAUAUGCUAAAAAUAACAAAAUGUGAUAAAAAUAACAAAAUUUGGCCAAAAAUAACAUAUUCUGUAAAAAAAUGUCAAAAAUAACAAAAUUUGUUGAAAAUAACAUAAUUUUUGAAACAAACAUAAUUUGUCAUUUUUGUUUGCUAAUUUUGACAAAUUUUGUAAUUUCUGACAUAUUUUGUAAAUUUUAACAAAUUUUGUUAUUUUUGACACAUUUUGUUUUGUAUUUUUUUUUAUAAAUUGUAAUUUUUGGACAAGCUUUGUUGUUUUUGACAAUUUUAUUUUACGGACUUGUUAUUCUUUUCACAAAUUUUGUUAUUUUUGAAUUAAUUUGUUAGUUUUGACAUUUUUUUUUAAUUUUCGGUUUUAUGUAAUUUUUGAAACUUUUUGUAAUUUUUCACAAAUUUUAUAAUUUUUGACAAAUUAUGUGAUUUCUGAAAUUUCUUUUAUUUUUGCCAUUAAAGAUUUUUUAUGCUUUAAUAGGACGCGUUUUUUCUUUUGUUUUUCGAACAGUUUUAGAAGAUUUCAAAUCCUAUUAAUUUUCUGAAAAUAUGAGAGCAAACAGAAAAUUUCAAUAAAUAAGUUUCAGUGGCCACCCUGCCAGAUUUUGAUUUGUGAUUGAUGAAAAGAGAUAUCUAAUUGCGCACAGCACAAAAGAAAUCAUUUGAACUGGAAGUGUGCAGAAUGAAGCGCUAGUAAAGUGAACGGAAAUUACAGUUUUUGUACGGCUUCUUACAAUUGUUGUUUUGUAAAUAUUAGGUUUCUAGCACUAGAACACUCAUACUGGUACUUGAGCGUAGAGUAGACAGAAGGAGGCGCGCGCGCCGAGGUUCAGUGAAUUGGGUAAAGCAACUUUUAGUCAGUUGAUUUUCUCGGCUGGGCAAAACUUGUUUACUAGCAGCAUUUAUGUAUACUUUUUUAGUAUUUUGGUAAUGAAAGUAAAUUUUGGGUUCUAAAAAGCACAGAAAAUCUGCGGGAAAGGGAAAUUAGCGACAACAAUUUUGCCGGGCUAGAAAAUGUCUAGACACUCUGUGAUUUACAUUAUAUUAACCAUAUUAUAUUUAAGAAAGAGAGUAACAAACAAAUUUGUGGUACGCGUAUAUCAAAUAGUCGUAUUGUAUGUCUUAAUCAGGAACAGAAAGGAAUUUUGACUAGCAUUACCUAGAACUGAUUACAGCUCUCGUGAGCCUACCUUUAACCCCCGCACUGAAAACAAAUUGAAACCGAAAUCAAAGCUUCGUCGUAAUGUCACAGUGCUUAAACUGAACCUUUCCCACUUAACUUAAAAGGGCGCGAUUUUAAACAAAAAAACUAGAAAACACAAAUUACGUUAACAAAACAGUUAAAAAAGUACAACGAAUAAAAAAUCGCAUUACAAAUAGCAAACAGACAAAUACCGAAGAAAGUUGUGCCAAGAUUUAGAAGCGUAGUAGCGGAGGUCUGACCUAUCUCAACGUCGGCAAAGCCGGCUGACAGUUGACAAAGUGGCGCUGGACGACCGCCAAGGUGCGGUCAAUGGCCGGCGGCGUUGUCGUUGGGAAGAUGAAAAAAAAAACGCGCAAUUUGAACACGUACUAAAAAUGCUAAAGAUAGUUUGAUGAUGGGAAAGGGCGUUUUACACUGAGAAAGAUAGAGGAAAAAAGUUAUGAAAAAGCGAUAAAAAAAUAAACACAAAUAAUUUUAUUUAUCAAGUUACAAGUGAAUUGUACCAUUUGAAAAAAGCGUAGAUUGUAAGGAUAAAAUUAUACAAAAAAGGUAAAGAAUACCUGAAAAACAUACAUGCGGAUAUACACGUAAUGCUUGAAAAAAAAAAAAAAACACUGAAUCGGAUAUUUCCUUUCAAAUUGAUGAAAAGAAACAAAUAUUGAGUUGUUUAUUUUAUGAAAUAUAUAACAAUAAAGAUAAAAAUUAUGAGCACA